UUCUCCAGCGUCCUCCUGCGUAUGCAUGCAUGCGACCGACGGGCUGAUUUCAUAACGUGGGGAGGAAGAGAGGAAUGGGGCUUUGAGCACGGAUGAGCACCAGACCCGGUAGGCUCUAUGCACCAUCAGUGCUAUCUCUAUUCCCGGGCCGUGCAGGCGGUGCACUAGAGGAGAUGCGGUAGUGGAGGCUGCUGAUGCUGCUGUCCGAUCAGCUGUUAUUUUCGUCUUGAGCAUCAUCGCCGUGACGGGCCAGAGAGAUCGAGAUCAAGCUCCGGAGCCAGGGACACCGCAGACCGGAUAACAGGAGGAUGGAGUUCAAGCAUCUGGUGGAGGCGGCGGAGAAGUGGUGCUCCGGGAACCCCUUCGACCUCAUAUUCGCCGAGGAGGACGACGAGAGGCGGCUGGACUUUUACGCAGAGCCCGGCGUCUCCUUCUACGUGCUGUGUCCCGGCGGCACCGACAGUUUUCACGUGUGGAGUGAGAGUGAGGACUGUCUUCCCUUCCUACAGCUGGCCCAGGACUACAUCUCCUCCUGUGGGAAGAAGACUCUGCUGGAGGUGCUGGAGAAAGUCUUCACCUCCUUCAGGCCUCUGCUGGGCCUACCAGACAUAGAAGACGACAGCUUCGAGCAUUACCACGCUGACAUGGAGGGGGAACCUGGGCCGGACCACCAGCAGAUGGGGGUCAGCCAGCAGUGAUGCGCCCCGAGACGAGGCCCCGCGGCGCCGCUAGAGCUGCUGAGGAGCUCCGGGCCUCAAACUCAUCAGCCCAAACACUAAACAACACACACACACACACAUACUUACAGUACGGCCAACAUGCUAAACAUGCACCACCAUGUUCUUGAAUGUCUCAGUGGCUUUGCUUCCCAAAGAGUGCACUCUGCUGCACUGUUGACCCCCUCCAAUCCAACACACACACACACACACACACACACAUUGGAGCUACGUGAGCAGUAGCCAUGUACAAUGCAAGUAUCAUAAUCAUUCACCAUCUGGUUAGUUAAAGUUCCACUGCACAGCAAUAUUACAUCGGGCCCAGCUGGCUUUGUUAUGCAGAAAUACAGUCAGAUGUUACCGCAAUACACACGUAUCCCCCGUGGCUUUGGAGAUGAAUGUGACAGAUAACCUACUUUCUCUGUCUGUUGACACAGAGGAUACAGGAAAGCUAGCUGAAAGGGUGAAAACCGGCGGUUUGUGGCUGCAUGAAUGACGCAGAAGAAGAGAGAGGGGAGGAAAAAAAACGGUAUAACUUCUACACCUCAUGGAGGGAAACAAGGAGGAAACUGAGACGUAGUUUCUCACGGGGCAGCUCUCAAACGAUCUGGUUUUAAAACACAUGGUUAAAAUAGUCGUAUAGUCAUUUUACACCUCAUGUGGAAAUCAAAGUGUGCAGCUUUACAGUAGCAUGGAUCAUUUCUUGAGGUGAUGCUUCGACACCUCAAAGUCACUUAAUAAGGAUGUUUUACUAUCAUAUGACCAUUACAACAAAAGGCCCAUGCUGCAGCUUUUAAGCCCUUCCCUGGUUUGGGUGUCUCAUUGUCACAUGACACCCCUCUGUCCUGUACGUAGUCUUCCUGGUUGUUGGUGGUUCACAGUUUUUGCCCUCCUUUUCUCAGCACAAUCUGAUGAGAUACCUUCCUAAAAUCUAGCUACAUUCUGUUCUGCGUGUUUUGAAUUUAUUCGCUCCUUUUUCUCUUAACCUUAAUUUAAUAAGUGCACACCCAAAUCCCCGAGUGGUAUCACAGGGGAGAGAGAAUAAUUGUUGACAGCCACCCCCCUGCUGCCUGCCCUGUUAUCUCUAAUCUCACAGUGUGUUGUUGUAUGUCACAUCCAGUGCACUGCAAUGCUUCAGGCCCUCCGCCGCCUUCAACCACUCGAUCCACAUGCAAGACUGUUUCAGAGGUCCAUCUUUAGCUUAUUUACUUUGGCUUGUAAAUGUUUGUCUUUUUAUUGCCUACUUGAAUGUUUCUCAUGCAGUGUAUCUUCUGUUUGUCCUCCAAUGUGUGUGAAAUUGUUCAAUAAACCGUGUGAACAAAG